AUGACUUCUAAACUUAGAGCAGUUCGUUCAGGACAAAGAAGUGCUGUUACAAGACUUUUGAAAAAAUUGGAGGAAUCAUUUUUAGAGGAAAACAAUACAGAGGAUAUAGAGACUAUAGUAUCAACACUAAAGGAGAAGCAAGAAAUUCUUAGGAAUCUAGAUGACAGAAUUCUAGAAGAUACAGUUGAAGAGGAUGUGGAAAAGGAAAUCCUUGAGGCAGAUGAUACUUCAGAGAGAGCUGUUAAUGCCGAGAGCACACAAUUCAAACAGCCACAUCAACGAGAGCAGUCAUUCCAGCUUCACUCUUCAUCACAUGUUAGAGCCAACACUGAAGUGCUGCUAAAAACUGCUGUGACACCAAUUUGGUAUAGAAAUCAAGAAGUCAACUGCAAUGUUUUGCUAGAUGAAGGAGCUCAAAACUCAUUUAUAACUGAGGAGUUAGCACAGAAACUUGACAUAAAAUCAACGGGAUCCAUCACUCUAAAGAUUUCAGCAUUUGGAGACAAGAACAGUGAAGUUCGUAACCUAGAGAAAGCUAAAGUUCAACUAGAAACACAAACCCGAGAGAAAAUUCCAAUGGAGGUCAUCAUCAUUCCAACAAUAGCAGCUCCAAUCUUCAACAGAGCACGUGUCAAUAUCAGGGAACUCUCAUACCUAAAGGGAUUGAAAUUGGCACACCCAAUCAGCUCAGAUGAGCAGUUCCAUAUUUCAAUGCUAAUUGGUGCAGACUACUAUUGGAGCAUAGUAGGAGACAGAAUCAUCAGAGGAAAUGGACCCACAGCGGUCGAAUCAAAGGUUGGAUAUCUUAUAUCUGGACCUAUCCACUCAUCUGGAAAACAGCAUUCAGGGAUGUUCCAUAUUUUGGCAGAUCAUAAAGUGGAAGAGGUUGACCUGGAAAAAUUCUGGAAAAUUGAAUCCAUGGGAAUUGAUGAUCACAGUGAAGAGAUAAAAGGCAAGGAGAAACUCUUGAAUUUUGCUGCUACAUCAAUCAAUAAAGAGGAUGGUCAUUAUGUUGCUAAAAUCCCCUGGAAAGAAAACUCUCCCUGCUUACCUACAAACUACGAGAUUGUGAAAAGAAGAACAGAAAAUGUUAUUCAGAGAUUAGCAAAGGAUCCAAAAAUGUUAAAGCUGUACAGUGAGAUAAUACAGGAUCAAGCAAACAAAGGCUUUAUUGAGAAAGUUGAAGAUCCAGAAAAUUCAGAAAAUAGAGUCCAUUAUAUCCCUCAUCACCCUGUGAAAAAGGACAGCACUACAACCCCGAUUAGAAUUGUGUACGAUUGUAGCUGCAAGGAAAAAACUGGACAUGUUAGUCUAAACGACUGCAUUGAGCCAUACUCCCCUGUGAUGAAUGACAUCACGUCAAUAUUGACCAGAUUCAGACUGAACAAGUUUGCAGUAACAGCAGAUAUUGAAAAGGCCUUCCUUCAAAUUGAGCUUCACCAGAAAGACCGUGAUGCAACACGAUUCCUUUGGCUUAGCGAUCCAGGUAAUGCAUCGAGUCCAUUGACAACUUACCGCUUUCGAUCUGUCCUGUUUGGAGCAACUUGUUCACCCUUUAUCCUCAGCGCUACUCUGAUGAAACAUUUUCAAGAGAAUGCAAAUGAAACUUCAUCUCUUCUUGAACAAAAUCUCUAUGUUGACAAUGUUUUAGCCAGCUUCCAGAGUGAGGAAACAGCUAUGAAAUUCUACAAAGAAUCAAGAACCUUACUUGCAGCAGGAGGUUUUAAUCUUCGUUCCUGGAGCUCCAACAGUGAGAUGCUACAAAACUUAUCUAAAGCAGAAAAAACAGCGGAUGAAGACUCUGUCGUUAAAGUUCUUGGAAUGAAAUGGAAUCCACAAGAAGAUACUCUUCAAUAUGCAAAGAAUGAUACUGGACAAAAGAAGUAUCGUGUGACUACAAAGCGAGAAGUAUUGAGAGAAACAUCAAAGGUGUUUGAUCCACUUGGAUUAUUAAGUCCUAUUUCUGUGAAGGCAAAGAUUUUCAUGCAAGAGUUAUGGAAAGCUAAUUUGAAAUGGGACGAAAAACUGCCUAAGUCUAUGCAGACUACAUGGAGAGAAAUCUCAUCAGAAAUUUGUGAUGCACUGGACAUCAAAAUAAACAGAAAUAACAGUUCGUCAAUAGAUUCAAGGUGUGAUUCAUUGCACGUUUUCUCCGAUGCAAGUCAGCAAGCAUAUGGUGCAUGUGUCUAUUUGUUAUCAAAGAACAAGAUAACAUUACUUAUGGCCAAAAAUCGAGUGACACCAAUCAAGCAGAUCACACUUCCAAGACUAGAACUCAUGGGAGCACUUAUUGGAGCAAGAUUGGGAAAACAUGUAAAAGAAAUAACAGGAGUUAACAAAAUUUACUUUUGGUGUGACAGUCAAAUUGUACUUCACUGGAUCAUUUCACAGAAAACGCCAAACAGAUUUGUAGCAAACCGAGUAAAUGAAAUUAGGGAGAUCAGCAAAUCUUCAACAUGGCAGUAUUGUCCAACAUACUGUAAUCCUGCUGACUAUCUCACACGAGGAAUUGCCCUCAAGAAAUUCAAAGAAGAUACCCUCUGGUGGAAUGGACCAGAAUGGUUAAUGGAACCCCAAAAAUGGCCUGUAUGGGAUGGGCCAACAAAGGCAAUAUUAUGUUCCACAAGCACAGAAGAAGAGAGUGAUAUGAGUCAUCAAACGAAGGUUCAAGAUACUGUAGACAUCAAGACUGAAAGUAUACAGUCAAUAUUGAAACUUGAAGAUAAGAGUUCACUCAUGAUGUUAGUCAGAGUUCUUGCAUACAUAAGAAGAUUCAUUCACAACUGCAGACAUUCUAGUGAAAAGAGAGCAGGAUUUCUCAGUAAACAAGAGUUAGGUGAAGUUAUUAGACUGCUCAUACAAGAUGCACAGAGAACAGAGUUUACAAAAGAAAUGGAAUAUCUGAAACAUCCAUCUGGAAGGAAACCAACAUUGAUCCAGCAACUGAAACUGUUCCUCGAUAACGAAGGAUUUUUAAGGUGUGGAGGAAGAAUUCACAAUGCGCCUCUUAUGGAUAAAACAAAAUUUCCAUACCUUCUUCCAACAUAUCAUCGAUUGACGCAUCUUAUUAUUGUUGAUACACACAACAAACAUGCCCAUGCCAGUUUGAAUUCAACAAUUACCUUACUCCAUGAACAAUAUUGGAUACCGAGGAUUCGACAACGUGUGAAAGGGAUUCUUAGAGGAUGUAUCAGCUGUAGAAAGGUCAUUGGAAAGUCUUAUCAAGCUCCAGAACCCCCUCCGCUACCAAAGGACCGUCUACAGAUGAAACCUCCAUUUACCGUGACAGGCAUAGAUUUUGCAGGACCCCUUUAUGUCAAGGAUAAAUUGGGAGAAAACUCUAAAGCAUAUAUAUGCCUUUUUACCUGUGCCUCAACUCGAGCCUUACACCUAGAGCUAGUACCAAACCUAACACAGAGCUCAUUUCUUCUUGCAUUCAGAAGAUUUAUCAGUAGGAGAUCACUGCCUAGUAUCAUGAUCUCAGAUAAUGCUACAACCUUUCAAUCUGCAUCCAAGGAAAUCAUUAGAUCAUCACAUGCAGAAAACGUACAUCAAAAACUUGCUGAAUAUGGAGUACAAUGGAAAUUCAUUCCAAGUCGAGCUCCAUGGUAUGGUGGAUGGUGGGAGAGACUCAUUGGAUUGACAAAGACUUCAUUACUGAAAGUUCUUGGACGCUCAAAGAUAAAUAUGGAGACUCUUCACACCGUAGUAACGGAAAUAGAAGCGAUGCUGAAUGACAGACCACUGACUUACAUUUCAACAGAUCCGGAGGAUUUGCAGCCACUUACACCAUCUCAGUUGCUAUAUGGAAGAAGAUUGACAUCUCUACCCUAUUUGGAUGAAGAGGAUACCAACAAUGAUUCUCUAUUAAAUCACGAGAAAGCUAAUGAAUUUAUGAAACAACAAAUUCAGCUCCUACAAAACUUCUGGAACAGAUGGAAGACGGAAUAUCUUACUUCUCUGAGACAAUAUCAUCGCAGAACAGGAACAACAUGUAAUAAGAUCAAGAUUGGAGAUGUCGUCCAAGUCCAUGAUGACUUCACAAAACGUAUCAACUGGAAAAUUGCUCUAGUGGUGGACCUCACAACUGGCAGAGAUGGACUCACAAGAUCCGCACUUUUACGUCUUAGCAACGGAACCAUAACAAACCGUCCCAUUACGAAAUUAUAUCCCUUGGAAGUGUGCGAAUCAGAGCCAGAGUUGAGGAGAAGUCAAAGACUUUCUAAUUAA